CACGCCACAUCGGCAAAUUGUCAGCAAAAUGACACUGAGAUGCCACGUCAACUCGGUCAUCUUCCAACAGUCGAGACAGUUCAGAUGGCCGAAAAACGUCAAACCAGAAACCGUUUGAAAUGAAGACGAAGCACUGCCCUGAAGAGCCAAUGGUCAUAGGGGAUUUCCGAUCGUAACGAGAAAAACAGAUUUUCGGUUCGGGUCGAUAUACUGGUCGGAUUAUUUUGGAUCCGGACACAAUGAUUGGUUGGUGCAGGCAGUUGCGGGGCGCUUUUGGGGCCCCUUUUCUGUGGCUCGUUUGCUUGAUUUACUUCACCCAGGGUUUUAGAUCAUUUGUAUGGACUGCAGUUUCGUAUCAGCUGAAAGAUCAAUUGAAAUUAUCUCCUUCAGCUUCCCAGUUUGUCUCUUCAAUAGCAUUCUUUCCAUGGAGUGUGAAACCUCUAUACGGAAUCAUAUCUGAUUGUAUACCCAUUAAAGGAAGAAAGAGAAUUCCCUAUUUAAUGCUGGCCACUUUGCUAUCACUCCUUCCAUGGCUUGUUUUAGGAACCAACGAAUUUCUUAGGACCACUAAGGUGCAGCUCAUGAUUUUUCUAACAGUGCAAAAUCUGGGAUCUGCCAUGGCUGACGUAGUAAUUGAUGCGAUGAUAGCUGAGGCUGCAAGAUUAGAGCGAGCUUUAUUUGCUGGUGAUCUUCAAUCAAUCUCUUGGAUGGCAAUGGCUUUGGGAGGAAUCUGUGGGAGUUUGCUAGGUGGUUAUGCAUUAAGCAAUCUGAAGAUGGAUGAAAUUUUUCUUAUCUUUUCUGUUUUACCAGCAAUGCAGUUUGUUUCAUGUCAUUUUGUGGAGGAGGGCUCUGCAGCUUCUAAAGCCCUCUCCAAAAGUUCCAGUCCAAAUGGGACCCACUUGACAGACGAAAACUUUGAUGAGAAUUUGAACUUCUCUAAUGGGAAGUCCAAAGGUGGUCCUUCAAGGAGAAAAAAGAGCCAGAAAGAUACCGAAAGCAGAGCAAUCAAAACAGGUGACCUCCAAAUUCAAGAAAAAGACGGGCCAUCCUCUAAUCUCUUUCAAUCCCUGAAAUCAGCAAGCUAUGAUCUAUUUAAGGCUUUCCGGCAGCCAAUCAUUCUACGACCAAUGGCUUGGUUCUUUUUAGCACAUAUAACAGUCCCAAAUCUGUCCACAGUAAUGUUCUACUACCAAACAGAGAUUUUAAAGUUGGAACCAUCAUUCUUAGGGACAACACGUGUUCUAGGGUGGUUAGGCCUCAUGCUUGGAACCUUCAUAUACAACCAGUACUUGAAGAAAAUGAGAUUGCGAAGAAUUCUCAUGUGGGCUCAUGUUGGUUUGGCCAUUUUGGGUGCUCUAGAUCUAAUUUUGGUUACCCGAAUCAAUGCGUCAUUAGGCAUAUCGGAUAAAGUUAUGGUGAUGUGCGGGUCUGCUCUUGGAGACGGGAUAAAUCAAUUCAAGUUUAUGCCGUUUCUGAUCUUAUCAGGGCAGCUAUGCCCUCCAGGAAUUGAAGGCACUUUGUUUGCGCUCUUUAUGUCAAUCAACAACUUGGGCACUACAGUGGGAUCUUUUGUAGGAGCUGCGCUCGCGUCUGCUCUUAACAUAUCUUCAGGAUCUUUUGAUAACCUUCCCAUUGGCAUUCUCAUCCAACUCGUGUCCACAUUCGUUCCGGUGGCUUUUCUCUUUCUGAUCCCCAAGGAUGCCACCGGGCUAUCGGCUUAGUUCCUAUACAUAUACAUAUAUAUAGGAUUUUAUAUAUUUGACUGGUCAGGCUGUACUAGGAGGCUCUACUUCAAUGUUAGCCUUUUUUGUUUUGUAUUUGUUUUUCAAACCACAGGAAAUGUUAUAUAUACUUGAAAUUUGAAAUCAUCAUUUUGUAGUGAGUAUUUUUUUUUUCCCUUAUGGAGAAAAAAGUGGAUGUAUUUUG